AUGUGCAUCUUCACCUGGAUCCUUGUGGGAAGAAGGCCCGUCAUGGUCUUCCUUGACAAGGUUUGCAUCUCCCAGGAUCGGAAGGAAGUGAAGCUCAAGUCCAUCUAUGGCUUGGCCUCAUUUCUGGAUCGCUCCCAUGACCUCGUGAUCCUCUGGUCCUCCAGCUACUUUAGUAGGUUGUGGUGCCUCUAUGAGAUGGCUACCUUUCUGCGUCAAGAGCACCGGACGAAGAAGGUGACUGUACUCCCCGUGCAAAUGGCGGUGUUUUUUGGCAUGAAUUACUUGGUCUGGCUGAUCCUACAAAGCAUCACUGCCAUGGUUACCUUCGCCAGAAUGGGCCAAACCCAACUCCCUCUAGGAGGCUUCAUGUCCCUUGUGGGUGCUCACUUGUCCAUAUCUUUGACACUGAAGCCAGCUUUUCUUCUCCUCUGGAUGGUGAUGAUGAAAGACGUGGCUGAGCUCCCUAUGCAGGUGCAGUCGUUUGAAGUCCAAAAAGCUGACUGCUACUGCUGCUCUGUCAACCAUGAGCUACCGGAUGGCACAGAGAUACCAUGUGAUCGCAGGCUCAUCUAUGAUGUCCUGGCAAAGUGGUAUGGAAACUCUGGCUCAUCUCCGAACGAUGACAGCCACCUGCGCGCCUUCAACCGGGCAGCCCGUGAAGUGCUAAGUGAAGAAGUUGUGCCGAGAAUGAGGAACAAUGCACUGUUCGCGUAUCUGUUGGGACUGUCGGGCCUGGCCUGCAGCUUCCCGUGGCUCUCGAUUCUCAUCCCUCGCUGGGUUUCUGGACCUGGUGAUGAGUGCAGCGGAUGCCACUGGACGUGGGUGCUGCGUGACAUUACCAACUGGCUGAGUUUGCCGGCGGCCCUGCUUUUGCAAGUGCAUGUGGCCUUUCAGCUAGGGAAAGUUGCAGCAGGUAUCGACAACUGGUUGCACAUCUUUGCUCUUACCAAACUUCAGACGCUCAUUUCCAUUUUGAUAUGGUUACCUGUGCCCCUGUCUAUCGCACUUACGGAUUGCUGCAACUGGCUGCCACUUCUACUGAUCACGAUCUUGAUCGCUGCAGACGUAUGUAUGUACUUCUUCUCACGAACAGCCUGUUCCAAGUGGAAAGGUGUCAGAGAUCUGCCUCUGGAAACCUCCACGGCAGAUGCAGAUCACGAGUACGUGGAGGACUACAACACCGCCACGAUGCCGUCCAAGAAGUACUACAAUAUCCAAGUUUUCGAGCAGCAGGCCUCCAACAAGAGGAGAAAGCAAAAGGCUGAGGCGGUCAUCGACACCGCGCUUCAGAGCUCGCUUGCCUCCUUCGACGACGAGAAGGCGCGGCGAGACGAAGUCAUGGCCCUGCGUGCAAAGAAGCAGGAGAACAUGAUCGGCGCUGAGGUCAGCAAGUUGCGGAUGAACAAGGAUAAAGCUGAAGAGAUGAAGCACCAGGCAAUGUUGAAGACCCAGGCAGCGCUGUUGAACAAAGCCGGCCACGCAGAGGCUGCUCACAAGAUCAACGAGCGGAUGAACCCCAACAAGAUCGACUUCGCUGAGCGCCGCGCGCGGAAGGGGGAUGGGCCGAUGGGGUUCCAACCCGAGUCGUAG